AUAGUUUUUUUAUUGAAAAUACCUAUAUAUUUUGUUCAUUUAUGAUUAUCUAAGGCUCAUGUUGAGGCCCCAAUUUCAGGGUCUAUGAUUUGAGCUCGAAUCAUACUAAAAUUAGGGAGUUAUGGGUUAUUGCGAGUUUUAAUUAUAUUCCAAGAAAUUAAUAAAAAAAUUGGAUUUAUUUGAAUUGUAAUUAGAUUAUUAGGUGGGGUAUAUAUUAGAUUAAAAUGUUUUUGUCAAGUUGAUAUAAAAUCUCUAAUUGCUUAUUCAUCAGUUGCUCAUAUAGGAUUAGUAAUUGGGGGUAUUAUAACUAUAAAUUAAUGAGGUUUUAUAGGAUCUUAUUUAUUAAUAAUUGGUCAUGGAUUAUGUUCAUCUGGAAUAUAUUGUUUAUCUAAUAUAAAUUAUGAACGUUUUAUAAGACGAAGAUUAUUUAUUAAUAAAGGAAUAAUAAAUCUUAUACCUACAUUAAGAUUGUGGUGAUCUUUAUUAAUAAUUUCUAAUAUAGCUGCUCCUCCUUCUAUAAAUUUUUGAGGGGAAGUUGAAUUAAUGAAUAGACUAAUUAGAUGAUCUUGAAUAAGAAUAUUUAUAUUAAUAAUAAUUUCUUUUCUUAGAGCUGGGUAUAGACUUUAUUUAUAUUCAUAUUCUCAACACGGGGAAUAUAAUUUAGGUUUAUAUAUAAAUAUACUGAGGUAG